AGGACGUUACCUCAGCAAUAGCUACAUUAUAAUAAACGCCUGUAACGAACAGCGUUGGUCAGAAAAAGUGCAUAACCGGUGUUUGAAUAUUACUCAAUAGGCUGGACCUUCUUUAACAAUUUUGGGACAUUAAAAAGGAUCUGCUUAAGUUGGCUGGACGAUUGUGGGAUAUUAAAACUUGAAGAUGCCAGCUGAUAUUUUGGAGAAAACAUCCCCAUCCUCUGUCGCAGCCACCCCGUCGAGUGUCAGUGGAACUCCGGAUAAACCAAGGACUGCCUCAGAGCACAGAAAGGUACAAAAAUGCACCGAAAGAAAACGAUUGCUUUUUACAUGUCAAUUAUUGUUUUUUAUUAUUAUGUGUUAAAAUCAUGUGGUCUGUUUUUUUCUUUGAAGUCCUCAAAGCCAAUUAUGGAGAAGAGAAGACGCGCGCGAAUCAAUGACAGCCUUGGUCAGCUAAAGACCCUCAUCUUGGAUGCACUAAAGAAAGAUGUAAGUUUUUAUAAAAAUAGGUAAUUACCAUAUUCCAUAUAGACAUUUAUGUCUACGACAUAUGCUUCUAUCGUUAUGGACUGGAACGAAGCUCAAAUAGAUUAUUAAUCAUGUGUCAUUUUCUUCUUGAUGUCAAUUUAGAGCUCGAGGCAUUCGAAGCUCGAGAAGGCGGACAUCCUUGAGAUGACUGUGAAGCACCUUAGGAAUAUGCAGCGUCUCCAAACUACUGGUAGGUUUUUUUUUUUUAUCGCUAAUUGAUUACAGUAAUUCUAGACUUGCAUACAUAGAAUCUGGCUGUGCCCAUUUGGCACGCACCGCAGUUCCCACGGUCCUAUAUUUACCCAAGCUUAUCAAAGCUAUUGAUAGACCUACUGAGUAUUAUAUAAUUAGAUUGUAAUGAUUUUCUGAGCAAUAUAUCCUCAAAUAUAUCAUGUUUUUGGCUUUACAGCAGCUAUAAGCAGGGAUCCAUCAGUAUUUGGCAAAUACAGAGCGGGAUUCAGCGAAUGUAUGAGUGAAGUCACCCGUUUUCUGUCCACAUGUGGAGGGGUGAACACGGAGAUCAGGACCCGACUUCUCAGCCACUUAGCCGGCUGUGUGUCACAGAUAAACACCGUAAACUUCUCAACUCAAUGCCAGAUCCCCACCUACCCUCCGCAUCCAGCGCAUCCAUUGCGCGGCCAAGCCAUUGCGAAAAUCCCAAGUGCAUCUCCUCAGUUAAAUGGAAUAAUGCCUUGCAAAAGUGGCUCGCCUAUCAACCUCACAUCAGAAAUGGCUACAUUAUACAGUGGACUUCAAAUUGUGCCGGCGGCGACAGAUGGACAAUUCGCCAUUCUGAUUCCAAGCCUGGGUCUUGCGCAUAUGAGCGCGCCGAACGCGAUACAUGGCAAUCCAGCACUUGCGGUGGCUGUGUCACCUGUUGCGCCUCCCGUCACCGCAGACUCCGUGUGGAGACCA